AUGGUUAUGAAUUCCACUGCUGCAGACCCAACAGCGCCACCUCCGCCGCCGCCGCAGCCACCUCGCUCCUCCUUCAGCUGUGACCGCCACCCGGAUGAUAUAUUCAACGGCUUUUGUCCCUCUUGCCUCUGCGAGCGCCUUACUGUCCUAGACAAAUCCCCCAACAAUACUCCUUCUUCCUCCCGCCGCCCCUCAUCCGCCUCUGCCUCCGCCACUGCUGCACUCAAGUCCCUGUUUACCUCUUCCUCCUUCAAACCCACCAUCAGAACUAACAUCUUCCUCCCUCCGCCACCCCAGAAGCCCGCCAAGCCUAACUCAUUUUUACCCGAACUCAGACGCACAAAGUCAUUUUCCGCCUCCAAAACCGAUGGAUUAAGCCUAUCCAAUGGAGCUUUUGAGCCCCAGAGAAAAUCUUGCGACGUCAGGGCACGGAAUUCACUCUGGUCGCUUUUCACUCUUGACAACGAGAAAAAAACCGCUAGUAAACCGUCUCCAUCCUCUCAAAACCUACAAUACUGUAAUAAUAUCAAACAAUACGAAUCUUUUGUAGCCAAUAAACCCGUUUUCGAGAAAACCGAAAGUAAGGAGGCUUUUAAACACCCUGAAAAUGAAGAUGAAGCUCCUCAUGUUGCUGAUGGUCCUGCAGACGAAAUUACACCAGCUCAAGAUAGCCAAUUGCAGAAUCUUGGAAUUGGCAUCGAAAGAGAGGCGAAUAAUGCUGAUCUUAUAGCAGAAGAAGCGGUGAAUAUGAAUAAUCUGAAGCCAAUGAAGGAUCAUAUAGUUCUUGACAAGCAGGCUAAAAAGAGUCCAGGAGGGGGGUUCUGGGCUGCAUCCUCGGUUUUUAGCAAGAAAUGGCACAAGUGGAGGCGGAAGCUGAAGAUGAAGAAGCAGAAUAAUGGAGAGAAACUGGCUACAUUGCCCGUGGAGAAACGGAUUUUGAGGAAGUACAGAGAUACCCAAUCCGAGAUAGCGGAUUAUGGGUUUGGGAGGAGGUCUUGUGACACUGACCCUAGGUGUUCGCUGGAUGCUGGGAGGAUUAGCUUUGAUGAUUCAAGAUAUUCUUUUGAUGAGCCUCGGGCUUCCUUUGAUGGACAUUCGAUAGGGAGAAGCUUUCCGAGGAUGCCUUCAGUGGUUUCUGUGCUGGAGGAUGCUCCAGAAGUGCGUGUAUUGUGGUCUGAUACGCAGAUUCCAGUCAAGGGACAGGUGAUGAUGACUACAAAUUGCGUUAGUGAGUUCGAGGGUGUGCCUGGAGGGUCAGUGCAGACUCCGGGGUACUAUUUAGAUCCUUCCACUUCGAGGAGGAAGAGUCUGGAUAGGUCUAGUUCUAUUCGAAGGACUGCGGCUGCUGUAGUUGCUGAGAUGGAUGAAAUAAAAGCAGUUUCUAAUUCCAGGGUUUCACCUGCUAAUGCAGAUUAUUGUCAUGGGACUAAGGUGUUGGUGGGGGAAAGAGACUUGAGAGAUUCGAAUUCAAAUUCUUUGAGGGACGAUUGCUCUGAGACUUUUGAGUUGUGUAGUGCGUUUAUGGAAAAUGGCCCAGCAAUGGGGAAUAGGGAGAGAAAGGAAUUGAAAAAGUCUAGGAGGUGGAGUUGGAGAAUAUGGGGUUUUAUACACCGGCGUAGUGGUAGGAAUGAGGAUGAGGAUGAUGAUGAGGAGAGGUAUAAUGGAGUAAACAGAGUGGAUAGGUUAUUUUCCGAGUCAUGGCAUGAGUUGAGGAGAGAGGGGAAUGAUGAUGCGGGAGGGGAAUCAACUAAAAAGGUGUUGCGGAGCAAUAGUAGCUUGAGCUGGCGAAAUUCCAAUCGCAAUGGGAAUUCAUUUGGAAGUGUGACGAAAUCUGGUGUGGAAAUGAAUGGGCAUGGGAAGAAGAGGAGGGACGAGUUCAUGCAGGAGAGGAAUUGGAGUGCAAGAUAUUCGCCUAACCAUAUAGCUAAUGGACUCUUGCGCUUCUACUUAACGCCUUUGAGGAGCAGCCGGAGAGGAGGACCAGGGAAAAUAAAGUCUUACGGCUCGCACUCUAUAGCAAGAAGUGUCAUGAGGCCGUACUGA